AUGCUACAGACCAGCCCUGUGACCAUCCAGACCCCAGGUCCAAGUCCCUCUGGGGUCGUGGGAAUUGGCCUGACUCUAACCACCACCCAGAAGAACAAUGGACCUUUUCUAGAGGAAGACAACACCCCCACAUCUGUUGUGAUUUUUGCACACAAUGUCAAGCGUUCAGUUGAAAAUGACCAGAAUAAAUAUGGCAAAACACCUGAAGAUGUAAUUUGUGAAAGAAGCAAAAGUAAACCUAUGGAACUGAAAGGGAAGAUCAGAGAAUAUUUAAAGGGUGAGUCAUACUAUGUGCCACUUCUGAGAGCAGAAGAUACUUCCUCUCCGGUCAUUGGGGAGCUGUGGUCCUCAGACCAGACAGAUGAGGCCUCCCAUGCCAGCCACUGUAGAGGUGGCCCCAGAGACCCUGUGCUGACCCUGAGGGCUUUUGUGGGGCCCCUGAGUCCAUCCAAGGCAGAAGAUUUUCGCAAACUCUGGAAAACUCCACCUCGAGAGAAAGCAGGCUUCUUCCACAGUGUCAGGAAGUCUGAUCCUGAACGAGGCAUCGAGAGAGUGGGGAGGGAGCUAGCUCAUGAGCUGGGGUAUCCCUGGGUUGAAUACUGGGAAUUUCUGGGCUGUUUUGUUGAUCUGUCUUCCCAGGAGGGCCUGCAAAGACUUGAAGAGUAUCUUGCCCAACAGGAAAUGGGCAAAAGGGCUCAAGAAGAAACAGGAGAAAAUGAAGCCUGCCCUCGAGACAAAGCUUUCUCCUCUGGCAGUGGGAAGAAGCACAGCAAUUCCAUCUCCGUGGGGGCAUUUCUAGACGAGGAGGAUGACAUGAGCUUAGAAGAAAUUAAAAAUCGGCAGAAUACAGUUCAAAAUAAGAGCCAGCCCACAAUCCAAGCUUUUGGGAAUACAGAGUGCGGUGCCCUUCCCUUGGGGCAGAAGGCCAACAGUGGAGAAGCCUCAGAUGAGCACUGUCCCCACAGCAGCAGAAAUGGGCUCUGCCAUUUUCUGAAUCACAGGACCCCAGGCUUGGGGGGACCAGAGGCUCCCAAUGGGGAGGUGGCCCUUCUGCCACCUGUCUCUGAUUUGACUCUUGAGUUUGAUAAAUUGAAUUUGGAAAAUCUAGGAAGUAACUUUUCCGAGACAUCAAACAGGAAAACUAAAGAUAAGAAAGUUUUGACUUCAAGAAAGGACACAGAAGAAAGUGCCUUACUGGCACCUCCCCCUGUUGCAGACAGACUGGUAGAAAACAACCAGGUCGGGACAAACAAUGAGACUCCAGUGGGAACAGCUGAAAGGUCCUGGGGUCCCAGCAGCUCCAAGUCUGGGAGCCAGACUGCUGUAGCACCUGUGUCCUCGCCCACCAUGAGGGACACCACCAGGAAACUCUUCCUUUUUGGAGAGGAGCCAUCAAAACUAGACCGGGAUGUCUUGGCAGCGCUCGGGUGUGCAGAUGUUGACCCUGGCCUGUACCCAGCUGUGCACAGAUGGAAGAGUGCAGUCCUGGGGUACUCUCCCUCAGACAGACAGAGUUGGCCAAGCCCUGCACUGAAAGGAAAGUUAAAGUCUCAGCUUCCAGAUCUUGGUUACCCUCAGAGUUGCAGUCCGGGGCGAAGUGGAUCUGCUGGCAGCAGCCCUGGAAAGUCUGGCCAUAGCACCUCCUCCCUCAGCUUGGGCAGCCCUGGCCGCUACAGUCCUGCACAUGGGAGCCACCUCCGAAGGAUGACACACAUGGCCCAACUUGCAGCCCUGUAGGAUUGGCACUCCCUGCUGGGGCUGUUUCCUUCAUUUUUAAAGGAAGAAGGAUGAUGUUUAUUGGUAAAGUUCCACAAAAGAAUUUAUUCUGAGUAAUUUAUUAACCCUCACUUUGAGGGUAUAAGAAUUUUAGAAAAUGCCAAUGUAAAAUUUAAAUUUCUGUUAUUUUGGAAGAAGUUAGUGAAUGCAAACUCACUGUGUUCAAUCCCCAGCAUUGCAAAAAAAAAAAAAAAAAAA